CGGAGGCCGCUCGGGAUCCCCGGGCUCGCGUGGAAGCUGGGCCCGGCGCCGAGGCGGUCGGGGUCGUGGCCGGGCCCCUCCUGGGCGGGCUGGGAUCGGCCGGCCCCAGCGAACGGAUCUCAGACUUCACUUCAGUGGCCUCCCUGAAGAGCAGGUUAUCUGUGUGGCAGCCAAAAACACGGCACAGAGCUCUCUAGCUCGGUGAUUUAAGCUUCUUCAGGAACAGCUACCCCCAAAAUGUCACAUCACCUGAAAUUUAUUGCCAGAACGGUGAUGGUCCAGAAUGGGAAUGUGGAUGCUGCCUACAGGACACUAAACAGAAUUCUCACAAUGGAUGGGAUCAUUGAGGAUGCCAAGCAGCGCCGGUACUAUGAGAAACCAUGCCGCAAGCGGCAGCGGGAAACCUACGAGAUGUGCCGGCGGAUUUAUAACACAGAGAUGGCCAGGAAGAUUGCAUUUCUAAUGAGGAAGAAUCGACAGGACCCCUGGCUAGGCUGUUAGAUCCAAAGAAUUACAAUAGCUGGGGUAACAGCCCAGUGACUUCUGUUUUCAAACAACCAACCAAACAAAAAAAGCCCAGAACACACCACUGUCAGAUCUGAUCACCUCAUUGCUAGUCUGAGCCGAGAGGCCAAUGACUCACUGGGCCAGGGAGACUGAUCUCCCUUCUCCACCAGGGCAGGAAUGAAGGACAUCAUACCAUAGAAUCUGUUUCUGAGCAGUUGCCAUGUUGUGUCUUUCUAUCUGUUAAUAAAGUGACCACUUUA